AUGUUGCGUGUUGUAGUGGAGUCGGCCAAGAUUAACCCGCCCCUAACCCCCCCACCCAGACCCUGUGUGUCUGUCUACUUCAGAGAUGUCAAGAAGAAAACUUCGGAGGGGGAAGGGAAUAACCCCACCUGGAACGAAACCCUAAUUUGGCACCUCUGGAACCAACCCAUACAGAAUGACUCUUUCCUGCAAGUCAUCCUUCAGGACUUGUGCUCAGAAAAGAAAGAGAGGUUCAUUGGCUUGGUCACAAUCCUGCUCAAGCCCUUGGUGAUAAAACCAAGAAAAGUUCUUUUUGUGAAGGACCUGACCCUCCUCAACCAUUCCAUGAAGCCCACAGAUUGCACUAUCACCCUACAUGUGGCCCAUAUGACCAACCGGGACAUUGAGAAGACAGGGAAUGAAGACCUCCUGGAUGUAACUGCACUAGAAGCAGCCAGGCAGAAGCUGAUGGUUCCCGGCUACGCUGCGCACAAGGAGCUGUUCGCAAAGCCGCAGCACUUUCAGGUCCAAGUGAAGGUGUUUGAAGCCCGCCAGCUCAUGGGCAACAACCUCAAGCCGUUGGUGAAGGUGGUCAUUGGAGGCCAUCAAUACCACACACGUACCAAGAUGGGAAACAACCCUUUCUUCAACGAGAUCUUCUUCCAGAAUUUCCAUGAGAUUCCUGCAAAGUUCUUCGAUUACACCAUCUUAAUCCAGGUGCUGAAUUCCUCAGUUGUAAGAGCCCAUUCGGAGAUCGGGAGAUUCCAAACAGAUAUUGGUUUUAUCUACCAUUCUCAAGGUCACGCACUCCAGAGGAGGUGGUUAGGCCUCUGCCAGCCAAAUGAACCCAACAGUGGUGUGAGAGGCUACCUGAAGGUCACCAUCUGUGCGCUCGGUGUGGGAGACCAGGCCCUGGUAGAUCAAAAGCUGCCCUAUGAUGCCGAGGACACCAAAAUUCACAUCUUCAAGUCAGCAAUGGUCCCAGUGAACUUGGCCUACUUACAAUUCUUCAUCUACUGCGCAGAGGACCUUCACCUCAAGAAACACCAUUUAGUGAGUCCAAUGUUGGAAGUGGAACUAAUUGGGGAAAAGCUGAAGACACUGGUGAAGACCCAAACCGAGAACCCGAUCUGGAAUGAGAUCCUGACCUUACAGAUUCAGCUGCCCUGCCUCUCCAGCUACAUCAAGUUCAGAGUCUGGGACUGCCCCAAGGGCAAACUCUGGAGUGAAAUCGGGACUGUCAGCCUGGUACUCAACCAGAUCUCGUCCACCGGAGCAGAAAUAGAAGGAAUGUACUCUGGUUUCCUACCCUGCUUUGGCCCCAGCUUUCUGACUCUCCAUGGGGGUAAAAAGGCCCCUUUCCAGAUCCAAGAAGAAGGCGCUGGUAUCCCCAGCUCUGUUAAGGACGGUUUGGAGUAUCGAGGCCGGGUCUUCCUGGAGUUAGUCACCAACAUCAAGUCCCACCCAGACAGUAGAAUAAAGGACCUCUCCCAGGAAGUGACCAGUGUAGAGAAGCACAAGAACCGCCUAAAGUAUGGGCUGUGCAUCAUCUUCCUUUCCUGUACCAUGAUGCCCAACUUUAAGGACCUGAUCCAAUUUGAGGUCAGCAUCGGCCACUAUGGAAACAAGAUGGACCGGAAUUACAAGCCUCUCGUCUCAACCACACAGUAUAGCCCAGUGAUAUAUGAUGGGAACAUCUACAACUACGUGCCCUGGUAUAACACCAAGCCGGUGGUGGCCCUGACCUCCUACUGGGAGGACAUCAGCUUCCGCACGGACUGCCUCAACCUUCUGCACUUCACUCGGGACCGCCUGAAAGCCAAUCUGGACACCCUGAAAUCUAUGCGGAACCCGAGGGACCCCGCCCUGCUCCCCCAGUGGAGGAAACUGCUGAGGGACCUGGUGGAGGACUGCAAGCGCCCUCUGCCCUGCAUGACCCAUCAGCCGAAAGCCACGGAACUGGACGGGAAGAGGUGGCAGCUCCGUAACCUCCUCCUCAAGGAACUGGCCCAAAAGGCCAAGGAAGUCCAGCCUAGGGACAUGGUGGCCACCGUGGAGGGCUGGCUAUACCGUCUCAACGCCGUGCUCCCCGAGCCCCAGGUGAGCAUCCCGGACGUGGUGAUCUGGCUGAUGGCCAAGGAGCAGAGAGUGGCCUACGCACAGGUGCCCGCCCACAGCGUCCUGUUCUCCCCGACGGGGCCUCUGCACUGCGGCAAGUUCUGCGGGAAGACACAGACGCUGCUCCUGCAGCACCCAGAGGGCGAAGGGCGGAAGGACUCGCUCCCGGCCCAUCUCCGGGUCUGCAUGUGGCUGGGCAACGUCACAGACAGCUGGGACCUGCAGCUGCUCCGAGAGGGCCAGGUGGUCGUGUACGCGGAGACGUAUGAGAACCAGGCCAAGUACAAAGACCAGUGGGGGCAGCAGGGGCUGUACCAGUGCCCCAACUUCUCUGACGUCCUGGGGCACAAGGCUCUCCCCAAGGAGGACUUCAAGGAGCCCUUGGGAUGGCACUGGGAGGGGAAGUGGACGGUGGAGCCUCAGAGGAGACUCCUCCUAGACACAGACAUCAACAAGAGCCAGGUGCUGGAGGAGGUGUACGAGAACCAGCAGCGGGACCUCGCGGGGGCCUGGGUGCCGGCAGCCACCCCCAACACCGACGUGAACGGACAGCCUGUGGAGGCGCGGGAGAAUGUGAAGUGCCCCCAAGGCUGGCACGUAAAGAAGAACUGGACUGUGGAGCUGAACCACGCGGUGGACAAUGAGGGCUGGGAGUACGGCGUGGGGAUCCAGCCCUCCGGCCUACCUCAGGUCUGGAACUCAGUGGAAAAGACCUACUACUCCUGCCGCCGGCGGCGCUGGGCACGUGUGCGCUGCCGGAACCACGGGAAGCUGAACCUGGAGCAGGAGACGCUGUCCUUCCUGCAGCUGGAGGAGGAGGGCUGGGAAUACGGCACCAUGGGCUCCAAGUUCCACCUGAACCCUCAGCCCCAGAGCCGGUUCCGCCGCCGCUGCUGGCACCGCAGGCUGGCCCCCAACAAGGACAAGGGCAUCGCACCCAUAUUCCUCCUGGAGGGAUCCUUGGUAAAGCUCAGAGGGCCGGGCACCUCCUCCCAGCCCCCAGCCCCUGGAGCCUGGGCCCAGGGAGACGUGGCAGCAGCAGAUGCUCUAGGCUGGGGCACUGACAGCUCAAGGGUGGGGAGUCUGCGUCCUGGAGCCACAUUGUCAGGCUUUGGAGGGUGGAGCCCAGAAGGGCAAAAGGGGGACCUGGGGAUGGGCACCCAGGAGCCUCAGGGAGACUGUGGUGGGCAGGGGAAGGAUCAGAAAAGGCAGGAAGAGAACAGGCCGCCGUCACGGGGUCUCAGCAGAACGCUCAGGGGCUCCUGGAAGCCUGCCCCGGAGGACACCCUGCCGCCGCCCCACCUGCCUUUCAUCUACUGCGUCUUCAACAAGCCCCACUACUACCAGCUUUUCUGCUACAUCUACCAGGCCCGGAACCUGAUGGGCAACCAGAUCCAGACAUUCCAGGAGCCCUUCGUCCGGUUGGUCUUCUUGAACCAUAGCCAGUGCACCCAAACCCUGAGGAGCUCUGCAGCCCCCACGUGGGCCCAGACGCUCAUCUUCCAGCAUCUCCUCCUGUACGAGAGCCCUCACGACACCAGGGAGAGCCCGCCGCUCGUGGUGCUGGAACUGUGGCAGCGGGACUCGCGGGGCAAGGAGAGCUUCCGGGGACGGAGCAUGUGGCCCCCAGUGGUCUGGCUGGAUGUCCAACAUCGGGUCUUGCCCCCCAUGAGGUGGCAUCCCUUUGCAAAAGAGUUGGGGGAGGAAGAGGGCGAGAUCUUGGCUUCCUGUGAGCUGAUCCUUGAGACUGAGGUACUGGGACAGAGGGCCCUGCUGGGAGGUCUGCCAAUCUUAAGUGUUCCCUGGAAGAACGGGGUCUUCACACUCCCCAAGAGCAUGCAGCCCACGCUAAGGAAAAUGGCGGUGGAGGUCCUGGCCUGGGGGCUCCGGAACAUGAAUCAGGUGCGUUCCCCCCAGCUGCUGGUGGAGUGCUGGGAAGAGGCCCGGCAGACAGAGCCCAUCAGGGACUUCCAGACCAACCCCAACUUUGCCCAGUCGGUCCUCUUCCUCACACUGUACAUGCCCACGGAGGAGGCCUACGCGCUGCCCCUCGUAUUGAAGGUGGUGGACAAUAAGGACUUCGGCCAGCAGACCCUGGUGGGCCAGGCCAACAUUGACUCCCUGCAGCCCUACUUCUGUGACCCCUGGGCCUCGGACUACGUGCCCCCACGGCUUCCAAAGUUGUCAGUGAACAAGCACCAGCUCCUAGAUGACCUCGUUGAAAAGUUCUGCUUCAAGUCCAGCAAAGCCGAGGAUGAAGACGAGUAUGAGGUGGACUGGUGGAGCAAGCUGUUCUGGGCCACAGGGGACGGCAAGUCCCUGAAGUACAAGGACAAAGACUACCACACCCUGGAGGUGUAUGACUGUGAGCUGGAGGCUGUGCCAGCCUUCCAAGGCCUGCAGGACUUCUGCCAGACCUUCAAACUCUACCAGGAACAGCCCAAGUCAGACAGCCCUGUGGUCGGAGAGUUCAAGGGCCUUUUCCGUGUCUACCCCUUUCCUGAGAACCCAGGAGCCCCCCAGCCCCCCCGCCAGUUCUUGGUUUGGCCUCAUAAAGAGGACUUCCCUCAGCAAUGCCUGGUGCGGGUGUACGUGGUACGAGCAAUCAACCUGCAGCCCCAAGACUACAAUGGCCUGUGUGACCCUUAUGUGAUCCUGAAACUGGGAAAGACAAAACUUGGCAACCGAGACAUGUACCAGCCUAACACCCUGAAUCCCAUCUUUGGCACGAUGUUUGAACUGAGCUGCACCAUCCCCCUGGAGAAGGACCUAGAGAUUGAGCUGUAUGACUUUGACCUGUUUUCACCUGAUGAUAAGAUUGGCACCACAGUCAUCGACCUCGAAAACCGACUUCUGUCUGGCUUUGGAGCUCGCUGUGGGCUCUCCCAAUCAUACUGCCUGUCAGGACCCUUUAGGUGGCGGGAUCAGGUGCCCCCAAGCUUCCUCCUGGAACACCAUGCCAAGCGCAAAGGAUUGCUUCCACCUCUGUUCAACCCUGAUGGUGACUCUGUUUUUUACAAUGGGAAAAAAUUCAAGCUGCAGCGCUUUGAGCCCCAGCCCCCUACUGCUCGUUACUUGGGCCCCAAAAAGGAGCGCCUUGCACUGUACCUCCUGCACGCCCAGGGGCUGGUACCCGAGCACCUAGAGACCCGCAUGCUGUACAGCAGCAGCCAGCCAGGCAUUGACCAGGGAAAGAUACAAAUGUGGGUGGACAUCUUCCCCAAGAAACUGGGGCCUCCUGGCCCCCCAGUCAACAUCAGGCCCAGGCAGCCUACAAGGUAUGAGCUGCGCUGCAUUAUCUGGAAAACUGCUCACGUGGACCUGAAGAGUGUCAAUUUGAGUAACGAGAAGAUGAGUGACAUCUACGUCAAAGGGUGGCUAUUCGGGCUAGAGAAGGACAUGCAGAAGACAGACAUCCACUACCAAUCCCUGACUGGCGAGGGCAUCUUCAACUGGCGGUUCAUCUUCACCUUGGACUACCUGGUGGCUGAGCAAAUGUGCGUCCUGAGUGAGAAGAACUACAUAUGGAGCCUAGACCCCCUGGUGAUGAAGUUUCCGGCCCGGCUCAUCAUCCAGAUCUGGGACAAUGACAUCUUCACCACUGAUGACUUCCUAGGGGUCCUAGAGCUGGAUCUGUCUGACAUGCCCUUCCCGGCCCAGCACCCAAGCCUGUGCUCCAUCAGGAUGAUGGAUGCUGACCCCAAGUGGCCCCACCUCCUCCAGAACAAGCGCUUCUCCCUCUUUAAGAAGAAGACUGCAACCGGCUGGUGGCCUUGCCAGGUCCUCGAGGACGGCAAGUGGCGCUUGUCGGGUAAAGUGAAGAUGACACUGGAGAUUCUGUCCGAGGAGGACGCCUUAAUCAGGGCAGCAGGACGUGGCCAGUCAGAGCCCAACCAAUACCCUACACUCCACCCUCCCCCGCGCACCAACACCUUGCUCUCAUGGUUUCAGUCACCUAUUAGAAACUUCUGCUAUGUUUUCUGGAAACGCUACCGCUUUAAAAUCAUAAUCAUGUCAAUCAUAUUGAUUAUCGGGCUUAUGCUGUUCAGCUUCAUGUACUCAGCUCCGGGCUAUUUGGCCAUGAGCUGGAUCAAACCUGAGCUUCGGCUGACUUCACCUAAGGAUAUGUUCACCAAUAUCAUCAAUUCACUGAACACCAGAAAGGACAGCUCUUCCAACCUCACUACCCCACAUCCUACCCUAAAGUCUACAACAGGCCGUCAGCUGAAACUCCUGCAGGAACACAUGAAUCACCUGCGACAUAUUUUUCCAGAACUCCCAGCCCCACAAGGCUAA